UGUCGGAUACAUACAUUUCAUAUAGGAAAGACAUCUCAGAUCUCACACUUUAAUUUAUCGGUAGGCUUAGCGAUGUUUUGUUAAAGUAACACCAACCAAAAUAAGAGUAUAUGCCUGUCAUUUGUAAAAACGACCAACGAACAAAAACAUCUGGCUGAUUCUGGCAAGUAAACAUGAGUAGGCCCUGUUUAGACAGUCCAACUCAGGUAUUGUGCUAAGGGAAUGGCCCUGUCCAUUGCAGGUCGGCACAUUUUAAGGAUCACACGAUUACAGUCCUGCAGUGCUGCAGCUGUACGCAGCGUCCAUGGGUUUAAUGAUAUGGAAAUUAAAGAAAUGAAAGAGAAAUUGUCAGCUUUUCCCGGAGGGUCCAUUGAUCUAGUUAAGGAGGAGUCUGGGAUUGCUGUGAUGACCGUCAACAAUCCUGGUCGCAUAAAUGCCUUUUCAGGGACCAUGAUGUUGGAGCUGGAGGAGAGAGUGGCGGAGCUGGAGGGAUGGACGGAGGGCAAAGGGCUCAUUGUCCAGGGGGCUGGUCAGAACUUCUGCUCGGGCUCUGACCUCAAUGCUGUUAGGGCCAUGAUAGACCCCAAGGAUGGCAUGAAAAUGUGCAUGUUCAUGCAUAAUACCUUGACAAGAUUGAACAGACUGCCCCUCAUCUCUGUUGCCCUGGUGGAAGGCAAAGCCUUAGGAGGAGGGUCGGAACUCACCACGGCUUGUGAUUUCAGACUGAUGGCGCCAGGCAGUGUGAUCCAGUUUGUCCACAAGUUCAUGGGUCUGGUUCCGGGAUGGGGUGGUGCGGCCCGCCUGGUGCGUAUCGUGGGCAGCGAGAUCGCCUUGCAGCUAAUGGCCGGCGCCACGAAAGUGGAUCCGGACUACGGAAUGCAGAUCGGGCUGGCCAGCGGCCUCGUGAACCCUGCCGAUGGCGCCGAUGCUCUGUCCAAAGCCGGGCAGUGGCUGGCCCGGUACACCAAGGCCCCUGCCGCGGUCACUAGAGCCAUUAAGAAGGUGGUGGUGUCAGGCAGAGAGCUCCCCCUAGAGGAUGCUCUGAAGGCUGAGAAGAACAUCUUUGGGACGGUGUGGGGAGGGCCGGCCAACCUGGCAGCUCUGGCCACCAAGCCUAAACACAAGUGACCGCAGACUUCUGGACAUGGGCAUAGGCAGGGCUCUAAUGCCUCUUUUCCACUGCCGUCUUUCUGGUCGGCUUACAGCUCGACACAGCGCAACUCGGCCGCCACUUUUUUCUUUUUCGAAUAGGCACGACACAGCUCAAUCGCAAAGCAAAAAGUGGCGGCAGGUUCGUGCUGUGUCGAGCUGUAGGCCUACCAGAAAACCGGCAGUGGAAAAGAUGCAUUAAUGAACUUUUUUUUCCCAUCACCAUCAAGAGUUUCCAUUGACCCUGAGCCCACAAGAACAGUAACGAAGCAGUUCUCAUGCUCAGUGAUGCAGUGUACAGUACAGUAUGUGGUCAUUAGAAGGACACUUGAGGGGUUGUGAGGGUACAAAGGCAUUUCAUUUGUUAUGACACUGUGUGCACACUUUGACACAGACAAUAGCCCCUUCUCCUGGACAAAUAGGCGUCUUUGUGUGUGUGUGUGUGUGUGUGUGUGUGUGUGUGUGUGUGUGUGUGUCGUGCGCCCUGUGAUCAAUCAUGGCGGUUGCUCUCAAAUGUGGAAUUCUGAUGACCUGGAGCAAAAAGCUAUCCAGAUAGACUCCAGAAAUAAUACAUGCUCAAAGUUGGAUUCCCAUGAGGUUUUGGGGGGUUUCUUCCUGUUUUGUAUUUGUGGUGAACAGAAUUAUUACAAAAAAACCUUGCUGUUGACAUUGCUGCUAAACCUGCCUGUGUUUUUCAAAGUGUGUACACUAUAGCCAACGAGACAAAUGAUUAAUCCAGGGCAAAUUAUGAAGUCAAGUGGAGUAGCCGUGAAGGCAAGAUGCUAUCCUUCAUGCAGACAAUACAUUGCCUUAGAUUUAGCACAAAGCCUAUUCAAAUCAGGAUGCCGUCUCAUAGUAUAUACUUGAUAGAAUUUAGGCCUAUGUAAAAGGAGGCAUAAUCCCUAAAUACUAUAGGCCCAUUUAAAAUGUUGUUUUCAUGCAUAAAAUGAAUUUUGUAAACAG